GCAGACCCAUAGUGUCAGCCAUAGGGGGAGUACUGGAACCAUUGGCUCAGUGGCUGGACUAUUUAUUUAAAGAUACAGUUGUCAAGCUUCCCACCUGCAUUAAAGAUACCCCAGACCUAUUGAAACUUCUGGACACCAUCAAUUUACCCAACACUACUACACUGCUGGUAACGUGUGAUGUGAAAAGUCUCUACACAAUCAUUCCUCAUUUGGAUGGUAUAGAAGCAAUGCGCAAAGUGUUACAAGACUCAACAACAUACACAGGCCCCCCGAUUGAAUACGUCAUGGAAAUCCUGGAGGCAGUCCUUACACUUAACUACUUCAGAUUUGAAGAAACUUGGUACCAGCAAAUAGCGGGGACCUCCAUGGGAGCAGCUAUGGCACCCAUGUAUGCCAACAGCUUUAUGUAUAUAUUUGAGACCCUCCACAUUCUACAACCGUAUGAAGCAAAUAUUUUAUUCUAUAGGCGCUUCAUUGACGUGUUCCUUAUAUGGAAGGGAGAUCACCAGUCCAUUUUGGAGAUGAUAGAGGCCAUCAACAGGGCACCCACACCG